AGGGGCCGCGAUGCUCCGGGCGCUGCUGCCGCCGCUGCUGCUCGCGGUGGGGGCCGCGGGGCGCUGGCAGCCGACCCCCGACACGGUGCGGCCGCGGGUGGUGCGGGAGCAGGUGCUGUGGGUGAGCGGGGAGGGGCGCGGGGGGGUCCACACCUUCCGCGUGCCCCUGGUGGUCGCCACCCCCGGGGGGGCCCUGCUGGCCUGCGCCGAGGGCAGGAAACAGUCGGCGGGGGACGUGGGGGCCAAAGUCAUCGCCUGCCGCCGCUCCCCCGACGGAGGAGCCACGUGGGGCCCCACGGAGGUGGCGGCCGACGACGGCCUGGGGGCGACGGGCUGCAUUUGGGGGCCCUGCUGAGCGUGGGCCCCGAAGUGCUGCUGCUCUUCGCCCGCUGCGCCCACCCCCCCCCGCCCUGCGGGCCCCCCACCACCCUCAUGCUGCGCAGCCGCGAGGUGGGCUGCUCCUGGGGGCCCCCCCAGAACCUCUCGGGGGUCGUGGGGGGGGAGGUUUUCGCCCCCGGGCCCGGCAGCGGCAUCCAGAAGCAGAGACCACCGUUCGGGGGCCGGCUGGUGUUCUGCGGGCACUGCACGCUGGAGCGGGACGGGGUCUCGAUGCUGCUCAGCGACGAGGGGGGGGUCUCGUGGCGCAUGGGGGGGGUCCUGCCCGCCAUCCCCUUCGGGGCCCCCCGGCACCCCCGAGACUUCACCACCGACGAGUGCCAGCCCUACGAGCUGCCGGACGGGUCCCUGGGCGUGAGCAUCCGCAACCAGGACUCGUUCCGCUGCCGCUGCCGCAUGCUGGCCCGCAGCUGGGACGGGGGGGCCACGCUGCCCCCCGCCGCCGUCACCUUCGACCCCGCCCUGCCAGACCCCGCCGUGGCCGCGGGGGUCCUGGUCAGCGGGGGGGUCGUGUUCUUCAGCAACCCCGCCCACGAGAGAGAAAGGGUGAACCUGACCCUGCGCUGGAGCUUCGACGGCGGGGCCACGUGGUGGGGGCGUGGCCUGCGCCUGUGGGAGGGGCCGAGCGGCUACUCCGCCCUGGCGGCCCCGCCCCCCGGCGAGGAAGACCCCAGCCCCCUGCUGUACGUCAUCUACGAGAAGGGGCGGAGCCUCUCGACCGAGAGCGUUUCAUUGGCCACCAUCAGCCUGGCGGGCGGGCCCUGAUUAGAAUAAACGCUCCGAUUCGCAGGGCGCGGCGGCGCGUCA